UCCCUCUCUUCAUCAUAUCCUUUCUGCCUCCCCAUGGCUGCGGCCACUCUCCCUCGCUCUCAUUCUCCCUUUGAUCCCUCUCUUGAUGCUAGGAGAAAGAAGGUAAAUGGACAGCAGAAGAAGGAAGAACUAGAAAGAGAGAAUAAUUUAAGAAAUAGUACGAUGAUUAAGGUGAUGAUGCUGCGAGAGAUGCUGGAUCAAGAAGAAAAGGCACGUGAGAUAUUGGAGCGUGUCCAAAAUGAUCAACACCGUGGCUCUGCAAUUAGCAUCCCCAAUUCUCUCCCUCCCAAGAUGAAGGACCUAUUAGCAGAACUAGCAAUGGUAGAAGGCGAAAUCUCAAGAUUAGAGAUUCAGAUAAGCCAUCUUCAGAUCAAUCUAAAACAAGAGCAGGAGGAAACAACAAGGCAAGCCGCCUGUGCAAGAUCAUGGCGAAACAUGAACAACAACUACAACAUAAACCCUAAAUCUAUACCUCCAUCAAUGCCAUCAUCGAAUUACCCUAAUUUUCCUCCUCCAAGUCCUAUGGUGAACAAAGGUGCUAACAACACGAAGAACAACAGAACUACUACGGAUCACAGUCAUGGCGAGAAGACGGCGCCGUUCGAGACAAAGGCUUUGCAUUUCAUCAACAAAGCCAUCAAGGGUCACGACUAUGUGAUCGGUACCUUCGACCCGAGCGAGAAAGUUGGAGGAUUUGACAAGGAAAGUAACAGAUCGAUCCAACAGGAAAGUGUCAAUCUCAAGAAAAGCAGGAUGAUGAAAUCGCCUUCACCUCUUCGCGAGCCUAGGUACUCUUCCCCUAAGCCUAAGGAUCGGAUAGCUCUGGACACGUCUCUUGACAUCCCGCCGAAAUCUCUAUCAAGCACAAUCCUAACAGAAGACGGUCAAAACAUUCAGAAUUGGCAUCCCAAUAAGCUGGCGGAGAGCAUCAUGAAAUGUCUGAACUUCAUUUUCGUUCGUCUCCUUCGCACCACACGAGCCAUGGAGCUUGAGAAAUCGGGACCCAUCUCAAGAGCCACACCUUUCUCUCUGAGCUCGAGAAGCUUCCGGGUAGACCAAACGACCACAAACUUGUCUAAAUCCAUGAAUCUUGGGGUUCACAAGGAAUCUAGACAGCAAGAUCCUUAUGGAAUCUUUGAUGCUGAAGCAUCUUUGCCUAGAGACGUCGGUCCUUACAAGAAUCUUGUGAUCUUCACUUCAAGUUCUAUGGAUCCCAAGUGCAUUUCGAGCUCGAGUUCCGUUUCUCUGAUAAAGAAAUUGAGGGUGUUGAUGAACAAUCUCGAGACAGUGGAUCUGAGGGUGUUGAAUCACCAACAGAAGUUGGCAUUUUGGAUCAACAUGUACAAUGCUUGUGUCAUGCAUGGUUUUCUACAACGCGGAGUUCCAAAGACUGCUGAGAAAAUGUUCGGUCUCAUUGAACAGGCUACGAUUAACGUUGGAGGCAAGAUCAUUAGUGCCAAUGCUAUAGAGCGUUACAUUCUAAGGAAACCAGUGUCUUCGAACAUGACCCAGCCUUACGACAAGAACGAGGAACAUAAGGAGAUGAUAAUUCACAAACUAUACGGCGUAGAUCCAACGGAUCCUAACAUCACUUUCGCUCUCUCUUGUGGAACUCGAUCCUCUCCCGCGGUGAGGAUAUACACAGCAGAAGGGGUGGUAACGGAGUUGGAGAAAUCAAAGCUGGAGUAUCUCCAAGCAUCGGUGGUGGUGACGGAGGCUAAGCGGAUUGGGUUGCCGGAGCUUCUCCUCCGCCACGCCGGAGAUUUCUCCGGCAGCCAAUCGCUCGUGGAAUGGGUUUGCAACCAGUUGCCGACGUCAGGUUCCUUGAGGAAAUCGAUGGUUGACUGCUUCAGAACCCAUCAUCAUCAUCAUCAUCAUCAUCAUCAUCAUCUUCAUGAUAAUAACGCCAAACCAUCGUCAUCAUCAUCAUCUCAUAUUGUUGAGAAGAUCCCAUAUGAUUACGAAUUUCAGUAUCUCUUAGCUAUUUAGUAGGAGAAAUAUUAAUUUCCGCUCCUUGUGAAGAUAUAAAUAUAUAAUGUGUUUCCUUUUCCAUUUUCUAGGGGAAAACGAUUGUAGUUUUUUUUUUAUGAUUUUUGGUUGAUGAUUAUGCACAUGUAUAUGUAAAGUGAUCAUGACGAUCUCGUGAAUAAGGAAAUGUAUAUUGUCUC